CUCUAUUAAUAAUAAUAGCUUUUUGAUUAUCUAAGAGUUAUUAUGAUCGAUGUUAGCGUUAAAUUGGAUCAUUUUUUAUACUUUUAUCCUUUUAAAUUUGUUGGUGAUUAUUGUGACAGUAAUAGACAAAGCGAUUAUACAAAUUAACAGAGUUUAAGUCUUAUUAAAAAUCAAUGAUGAUACAUUUACAGUUGAAUUGGUUUCCUCCGUCUUGUUGGCAUAAAUAUUGAAUAAAUUACAAAUUAUGCCUGAAAGUACAUCUUCCCUGUUUGGUUUCAACUUGAAAGUAAGUAAAAUUUUUCAGGGGAAAAAGUGGUGAAGUGAAAGCAUGGAAAAUGAAACGCAAAAGGAGGGAAAGACGAGAAAAAAGAUGGAAAGCAAAAACUAAUACUAUGUUAAUAAGUAUUUACUGAUUUAGUAAAUUGUUAAAGUAAAUUUAUUUUUCUCACCAUUUGUUAUUACAUUGAAAGUAACAUCUUCUUUCAACAAGAUUAUAUGAGUUGAUUCAGAAAUGUGUGUGUAACAAGCGAACAAGAAAGUAAUGUGAAAUAAGAUACAUGGGAAUACAAACACUUUUAAAAUUCACUUCAUCAUAAAUACAUAUCCUUUUUUUUUUUUACCAUGAAGACAAUUUACAAGACAAGUUAAUCCAAUUUGGCUUAUCCAGAAAGCGUUCCCUGAAAUAAUCAUAAUAAUAUAAUAACACCGUUGACUACAAUUAUUGUGAUAAUGUUGGCGAUCAUUAAGCUUGUCAACAACACAUUUAAAGAGGCACAAAUCUUGUAUCUUCCAUCAUCAUCUUCAAAUGUAUAUUAAACAAAUGGCUUGUUAACCAAAGGAUCCAUCCUUUGCUCACUAAUCUCAUUAGGAAUCUGCUUCACCACCUCAUCUGAAUUCAUCAAGUUUCAUCCUCAUCACUUUCAUGUUAUUAUUCAUUUCAACAUCAGUUUAUCAACUCAAGUUAACAACAGGAGCAGUAGCAAAAGCAACAUGCAAGGCAACAAAAAAGAAGAGACAAUAUUAAUAAAAAUAUUCCCCUAAUCAUGAUCGUCUUCAUCGUCUCCAUCAUCAUCAUCAUCCAAUAUAUGUUACAUUUUGGUUCUCUCUUCUCUAUAAAAAUCGAUCAAUCUGUCGACGGAAUAAAUAUAUUCCCAGUUAUCAUUUCUUUACAUAAUACAUAUAUUAAUAUUACUGAAAUAUAUGCUUCCAAUUUUAUAUUAUUCAUUACAUUCAUCCAUUCACACAAAAUGGUGAUGAUGGCGAUGAGGAGCGACAGGAAAAAAAAGAUGAUGACAACCAGAACGAUAAAGCGACUAAGAAAAUGAUGAUAACCCAUUUUGUUAAAUUAAUACUAAAUAAUGGGUUGAUAUUAUGACAGUCUAAGCUGUUAAAGAAAGGAUCGUAAAUAGGAUCAUCUCGAUUAAGGAGAAGAACAAAUAAACAUAACCUUCUUAUCAUCCUUUUCCCCAUUUUAUCUCUCUUCCUCACCUCCUUUUCCUCCUCCUUUGCCUUCUCAUCAUUCUCAUCUUCCCGGCUCAUUUAAUCACAAUGAACAUUUUACACUUUUUUCAAGAAAAAAAACUCCAUACUAAUAUAUUUUUCUUCAUUUUUACUCUAGAUAAGGAUAAAUCAAGGGAACAAAUCUCAGACGAUUGAACACAUUUGUAAUACAAUUUACACUAACAUUCAGUUGAUCAAUGGUUUUGUCAUCAUCAUCAUCUCGGAACUUCUUUUCAUCACAACUUCAUCAUUGCCGCCACCACCACAACCACCAUCAUCAUCAUCAUCAGCAUCAUUUUUUUUCUUAGAAUUCAUUUUUCAUUGAAAAUCUUUUCUUUUCUUUUCUUGUUACAAAUCUUUUCAAAUGUUCCUUCAUCAUUCCCUUUCACCCUCCUCAGUUCCUUUUCCUCUUUCUUUCAUCCCUUGCAUUUCCAAUCUUGAGAGAUUUUUUUCCAUGAAAGAUUUCUCUCUUUCUCCUUUUCUGUCUCACUUUCAGAAGUGGAAAUGAAAAAGAAGAGAAAAUGAUGAAGUAAAAGAAGAAAAAGAAUCCAUCAACUGAUUUUAAUAACAAUAUAAGUUACCUUUUCAUCUUGCUCUUCAUCAUGCCAAUGUACAACAAUUCACUUAACACACAUUCUUCAUCAUCAACAUCAUUAUUUCUUCUUCUUCUUCACCAUCCUUUUUUUCUCUUCUUUCAUCCUUCCUUUGAUUCAAUUCAUAUUCACAGUAACAUAGAUAUUCAAUGUUUCAUGAAACAUUGAAAUUUAGCAUGAAAAAAAAGUUGAACUGAAUAAGGAUUGUAAUAGAAAUGUGUAUAAAACUCUAUUUUUCUACUCCUUCCUUUAGAUCUCAAUAGAUAAUUCAAUAUAUAAUUUUGUCACAAUAAUUCCUUUACUAUUUAACAAACAAUUUUACUUCUUUUUUUCAUCUUACCUUUUUUAUCCUCCCUUUCCCAUGCAAACAAAAUGAUAAUCAUAUUUCAAAAGGCUUUCCUUUCUGAGUUCAAUUUUUAUUUCAUCCAUUCUUUUGUAUUUCAAUCCAACUUGAAAGUGAAAGUUUAUUUCACUUUUCCUUUUUUCAGUGAAAAAAAUGAUAUUAACAUUUAUCUAUGUUCAUACCGUUUAGAUUUUUUUAAAUGUUAAUAUUAUUGGUCUCAACCUUGUAUCAAUAGAGGAACAAGAAAAAAAUAUCCAAUAUUACCUGUAAUUCCCAAAUCCAAGGAUUAUGUUAAUGUUAAAGUGACAACCAAAGUGGAAGGAAGAAUUGAAAUGUCAGGCCGAGAAGCAAGCCAAAAUUGAAGCCAAUUAUGAAUUUAACUAGCAGAAUCAUGGAAUACUUUGGAUAAUCAAACAUUUUAACUGUCAAUUAGUCUUGAUUCAAUCAAUUUCAGUGGAAAUCACUUUCAAUGUCAACCUCUAUCGCCGAAACCAAAAGCACAAUCGUUUUCAAAUACAAUGUUGCAUUGAAAAUCUAAUUUUUCUGGUGAUUUUACCCUAAAGGAUUGAAACCAUUUCAACAUACAAAUAUUUUCACAAUCAUAAUUUUACCAAAGAAAAGCCAAGAUGACAAUGAUGUUACCAAAGAAGAUGCAGAGGGAAGAGUAAAAAAAGAUGGAAAGAUGCGAAACAAGGAAAAAAGAAAGGCGUAAUAAUAGGAAAAUCGAAAGUUUCCAACCUUUUAUAUCCUGAAUUGUCUCUCAAUGCGUGCUGUGAAUCUCAUCAGGAAUAAACAACAUUUAAAUCUGGUCCAUUGAAACAUCAACAAAUCAGAUAUUUUGUUGGAACUCAACUCAAUUGGAUUAAAGUUAAAAUCAAAGACAAAUCUGGUCAAUAUGACUGAAGGGAAAAACGGCUCAUCAGAUAACCCAGAAAACGUCAAAAAUGAUUUAACUGGUUGCUGUGUUAAAUCACGUUUACCUAAAGAUUUGAAAAUAAAAUGUGGACAAUUAUUUGGACCCUUUACUGAUCCCCUGCAAUGGUUGGCCAUUAAAUGUACUGAACCUUCGACAGCCAAUAUCAAUACGAUUGAUCGAAAAUCAGUUGAUCUUUUCAACAAGAUUGACAUUGCCAGAGACAGUAAGGAACAAAAUAUGGAAAUCAUUUUGGUCAAUGGACAAUUUUACUUUCGAUCAACUGUUUCAAUUGAUGCCCUUUCAUCAUCUUCCUCAUCGUCAUCCAAUAAUUCCAGUAAACUAUUAGCUUGGUUUGAUGAAGAUCUUAAUUCAAGAUUACCUAUGGCAUCAAUGGCAACCCUAAAUGGAUCCAAAAGAUAUUAUUGUAGUUUAUGUAAUCAAGUUUCGCUCUAUCCUAAUCCAGUUGUAAUUCAUAUAUUAUUUGAAUGUCCCAAAAGGCAUGAAAUUCUAGUUCCUUACAUGAAAAUAUCAAAUAUCAAAGCAAAUGACCAUCGUGAAAUCAAAGGAGAAGUUGUCUCUUCAUCAUCAUCAGGACCAUCUGCAUCUUUCAAUCAACCUUCAAUCGCCAACAACAAUCAAAGCAAAACUACAUCAACUGUAGUUACCAAAAAAAGGAGUUUCGAUAUUGAUUCAUUGGUAAAUGAUGAUAAAUUCAUUGAAGAUGCUGGUAAAAAGAGUCGACUGUACAAUGAAAUGAUCACUGAAUUUAAUAAUGCUCAUAAUUUUCAUCCAGCUGAAUCGAUUCCUCUAAUGAAUUCCCUAUCACCUUUAAGCCUGACAUCAGCUUCCAAUCGAUUAAUAUCACCUCCAUCACCAAAUAGUCAACCGAGUGCUUUUCGUAAAGUUGAUAAAUCAAAUCGUCACCUAACUGGAAUUAACCUUGCCAUUAAUCACAAUCUUCUUCCGCAACAUCAGCAAACUCCUUCUUCCAAUCAUCAACCUUCGCCACAUCAUUUGUUUGAUUUUGCUUCUUUAACAUCACUUUAUAGCCGAGGAUUAAACUGUGAAUUAUCAUCAACUCUUUUUUCUGGUCAUUCUAAUUUUGUGCCAACCGGAUUACCAAAUCCACUUUUAUCUCCCACUCAACCACCAACUCCAUCUUCAUCUUCCUCAUCUUCGUCAGGCUCUUCAUCAUCAACAGCAUUUCUUUCAACCUCAUCAGGAGCCCACUUUCUGGCUUCAUCAUCAAUCCCAGGUCCCAUCUCAUCGUCGCCUUCAUCUUCAUCACCCUCUCCAUCAUCAGCAGGGCGAGGUGAAGUAUCAACCGGACCAAUAUCAUCAAUUCCGACAUCUUCUUCUUCCUCAACCUCUUCAAACUCAACAGCAAAUAACAAUUCCAAGUCAAUGAUUCCAGCAUCGUUGUUGCCCUUUUUACCUCCAUCGUUAGCAGCUUUAUCCUUUCCUCAAACAAAUUGGUGUGCUAAAUGUAAUGCUACCUUUCGCAUGACUUCUGACCUCGUUUACCACAUGAGGAGUCAUCAUAAGAAGGAAGUUUCAGCUGAUCCAUUGAAAAAGAAACGAGAAGAGAAACUGAGAUGCAAUAUUUGUGGUGAAUCUUUCAGAGAACGACAUCACUUAACUCGACACAUGACUAGUCAUCAAUAAUUUUGUAAAUUUAUGCAAACAUUUUCCUGGUCAUAUUCCUAUGAUAUAAAUGAUUCCACAUCUUCAUCCUAUUUUGACCUGUUUUUGCAUUUCUUUUUCUGUGAUCCUAUUCUAGUCAUAAUUAGUAGGAUUUAAAAGAAUCAAACUUUUUUAAUUUAAGUCACCCUUAAUACUGGAUACAAUUAGGCAAACAAAAAAGUUGAAUCAUAAUUUAUAACCUGUACAGUUUUGAUUGUCCCUUUGGAAGCCAAUUUUAUUCUAAUGUGAAUUACAGUUUUUGUCUUAUCAAAUUGCAAUUGUGAAAAUAAAAUAAAUCAAAAGAAUCGAUUGUCACAAAA